AUGACGGCGCUUCCACCCAUUCGUCGAGUGGCCAUCAUUGGAGCUGGGCCCUGUGGGCUAGCAGCCGCUAAGUAUCUCCUGGCCGAGAAAUACUUUGAAAAAAUUGAUAUUUUUGAACAACGCGGCCGAGCAGGCGGUGUCUGGAUCCACGCAUCGACGGAGGAUAAGAGCACAGUGAAAAUCCCAGUGCCACAACCAGACCCUAAUCAACCACCUGAAGAGCCCAUAUGGCAGUCCAAAGCCGAUGGAAGCCGAGAGGCAACCUUUGUUUCGCCGCUGUACAGCAACAUGGAGACGAAUAUACCCAAGACGCUGAUGGAAUACGGUACAAAACCGUAUGCUGAAGAUAUCCAGCUUUUCCCAACAUUUCAGCAGGUGCUCGAAUACCUCGAGGAGUAUGCAGAGGAAGUCAAGCAUUUGAUCAAGUUCGAGCACCAAGUGCUAGAUGUCAAACUUGAUGACCCUUCGCGAAGCAAUUGGGCUGUCACAGUGAAAGAUCUCCAUUCGGUAAAGGCAUCGACGGCUAUCUAUGAUGCCGUCGUGGCGGCAAAUGGUCAUUACAACGUUCCUUAUAUACCGGCGAUCAAGGGAAUAGAAGCUUGGAAUCAGAGUUAUCCCGGCGCACUUAUCCAUUCAAAAGUCUACGACUCUGCGGAUGACUUCAAGGACAAAAAAGUCAUUGUUGUUGGCAACUCGGCAUCAGGUGUCGAUAUAGGAAGCCAAAUAUCCCGAGUCUGCAACCAGCCUCUAAUUUCCUCGCAUCGAUCAGUGUCAGAAUUUGUUCCAGUGGGGGGAAGCUCUGACAGGGUACCACGAGGCGAAAUCGUCGAGUUCCUGUCACCAACCUCGUCUCGCCGAGGUGUGAGAUUCACAGACGGCACGACAGAAGAAAACAUUGAUGCCAUCGUCUUUUGCACCGGAUAUUUCUAUGCAUACCCGUUUUUAUCUUCACUGAAGACACCAGUCUUUACCGACGGAGCGCGAGCAUUGAAUGUCUACCAGCAGCUGUUUUAUAGCGAGCAUCCGACCCUGGUUCUUACAGUCCUGCCGCAGAGAGUUAUUCCGUUUCCUCUCGUUGAAAAUCAAGCCGCGGUAUUCUCACGGGUCUGGUCUCAAAGAUUGAAGCUACCUUCGAAAGCUGAGAUGCAAGCCUGGGAAAGCGGUGAAAUCGAUAAAAGGGGUUCUGGAAAAGGGUUCCACGUCAUUCCUUUUCCCUUGGACGCGGAAUAUAACAACAUGCUCCACGAUUGGGCAGCAACAGCAAAUGCUAGACCUGGGCUUGAAAAUAACGGCACAGGGAAACUGGGGAUUAGGUGGGGAGACAGGCAAAGGUGGAUUCGAUCGCGGGUUCCUGACAUCAAGAAAAGCUUCCUUUCUCAAGGAGAGGGAAGACACUCGAUUCGAAGAAUUGAGGAGCUUGGGUUCCAACCACCAUUGGAUGCCAGUGGCCAUGAGAGUUCCAAACUAUAG